AUGGCUCGCCAAUGGUUCAUUUCGACGCUAAUAAACAGGUGUAGUGUGAAACUAUCAUCGUUAUUCUAUCUAUUGAUAUUACUAUUGGUCAUUGUGGCAGCAUUUUGCAUUAAGUUUGGACCGAAUGUUCAGAAAUCAACAGCGCAUCCCGUAUUCAUCUUUACUUCAUCACGGAGACCUACAACGGCAACAAUAACGACCUUUCCAUCACCACAACUGACCAAUAAAGACUGUAAGAGACUUGAUUUUGAGGGACUUCGCCUUGCGAAUUCAACUAAUCCAAUUCCUCCAAUAUACGAUUUUUUUAUUUUCAAUGACGAAUUGGAUCUGCUCGAAAUACGUCUGUACGAGUUGUACAAUUAUGUAACUCUUUUUCUCAUUGUGGAAAGUGAAAUAACACUAUCGGGUAAACCGAAACGAUUGUAUCUCAAAGAAAAUUGGCAAAAAUUCAAUAGAUAUCAUGAGAAAAUGCGUCGAUUCGAGGUCGAGUUGGAUCAAUUUCCAGAAACCCAAUGGUCCAACGAAUUCACAUUGAGAGAUGAUGGUCUUCGCAUUGCUCUUCAAAACCGUUCAGGAGAUAUUAUUCUACUCACAUCUGACGUUGAUGAAAUACCUACAGCUCACUUUUUAAAUGCUUUAACUUCGUGUGAGUUAUCAAAUCCAUUUCAACCACUGGUACUUAUCUGUGCCUAUUAUUACUAUUCAUUUGAAUUCCGACGUGGUACGACAGAAGGUGCAACUGUCACUUUCUUGACUUUGGAUCCUGCGGAACAAGCUCAGACGAUCUCUGGCAAAACUUUACGUGAUAAUCGCUUCAGUUUUCAACGUAUGCCAAGUUCUUGUUAUCAUUGUUCAUGGUGUUUUGAUCGGAUCAACUUAACACGCAGUAAACUGGGCUCGUUUUCUCACACGGAACUGAAUAGACCGGAGUAUCAAACGCAGGACCACAUACUCGCUCGGUAUCGUGAAGGAAAAGAUCUGUUCAAUCGGGCUAGUGAAGUGUAUGUACAUUUGGACGAAAAUGAUGAAAUUCCUGAAUUAGUCAAAGCACAGCGAGAUCGGUUUGCUUAUUUGUGGAAUAGAACUACGCUAGUGAAUGUAGGUUUUCGAGAUGUGACCGUCGACGGCAUUAAUGUAAAUAUGAAAAAUGGAACGAGAUAA